UCAUCCAGACGCGCGGAGAAGCUGCUCGGUGCCUUUGGGCUGCUCCUGCGCCACGAUGGCUGGGGCCGCUGGCGGUGUCCAUCCUCCUCGGCCGGAUACAGCUGGGUGCUGGCGGUGCCUCCCUGGUGCCGAGCUCGGGCGGAGGCGCCUGCCGCUUCUCCUGCUUUCUCUACUGUUGCUGCUUUGGGCAGGCGCCGCUACUCCGGGAGAGGAGCUGCACGCCUGCAAAGAGUCUGAAUACCAUUAUGAAUACACAGCAUGUGACAGCCAAGGCUCCAGAUGGAGAGUAGCUGUACCGCACAACCCAGGAAUCUGUACCGGCUUGCCAGACCCCAUCAAAGGCACAAAAUGCUCAUUUUCCUGCAAAGCUGGCGAAUUCUUGGACAUGAAGAACCAGUCAUGCAAACCGUGUGCAGAGGGCACAUAUUCUCUGGGCACUGGCAUCAGGUUCGACGAGUGGGAUGAGCUGCCCCAUGGUUUUGACAACAAAGCAACCAACCUUGAAAUUGAUUACAGCUUCUCAGAGUCCUUGGGAAACUGCACCAUGUCAACGUGGAGUCUUAAGGGAGAUUACAUUGCCUCCAACACAGAUGAGUGCACAGCCACUCUGGUGUAUGCUGUUAAUCUGAAGCAAUCUGGCACCGUCUCCUUUGAGUACAUCUACCAAGACAGCAGCAUCGUCUUUGAGUUCUUUAUUCAGAAUGACCAGUGCCAGCCAACUGUAGAGGAGUCACGAUGGAUGAGAACCACAGAGAAAGGGUGGGAGACGCACACUGUGGAGCUGAGUCAGGGCAACAAUGUUCUGUUUUGGAGAACGACAGCCUUCUCUGUGUGGUCCAAAACUCCCAAGCCUGUGUUGGUGAGGAACAUUGAGAUUACAGGAGUAGCCUUCACUUCUGAAUGCUUUCCCUGCAAGGCAGGCACCUACACAGCCAAAUUAGGUUCUUCCUUCUGCCAGCCAUGCCCAGCAAACUCCUACUCCAGCAAAGGAGCUACUUCCUGCCACCAGUGCGAGCCAGCAAUGUACUCAGAACCAGGUUCAGCAUCAUGCAAGCCACGCCCAGCUUGCACAGAUAAGGAUUAUUUUUAUACUCACACAGCCUGUGAUACCAAUGGAGAGACUCAGUUAAUGUAUAAGUGGGCCGAACCGAAGAUCUGCAGCGAGGAGCUCCCCGGUUCUGUAGAAUUGCCUGCUUCUGGCAUAAAAACUACAUGCCCACCUUGCAAUCCUGGUUUUUUCAAGACAAACACCAGUUCCUGCGAGCCCUGCCCAUACGGAUCAUAUUCAAAUGGGUCUGGUUGCAUCAACUGCACCGUUGGGACUGAACCAGCUCUAGGCUUUGAAUACAAAUGGUGGAACACGCUGCCAGCAAACAUGGAGACAACGGUCCUCAGUGGAACCAGUUUUGAAUAUAAGGGAAUGGCAGGGUGGGAAGUAGCUGGUGACUAUAUCUACACAGCAGCAGGAGCCUCUGACAAUGACUUCAUGAUACUGACACUGGUGAUUCCUGGGUUCAGUUCCCCACAAUCGGUGAUGGAGGACUCGGAAAGUAAAGAGAUUGCAAGAAUCACAUUUGUCUUUGAAACGAUCUGCAGUAUGAGUUGUGAGCUUUAUUUCAUGGUGGGUGUCAAUUCCAGAACCAACACGCCUGUGGAAACCUGGAUUGGCUCGAAGGGAAAGCAAUCCUACACCUACAUCAUUGAAAAGAAUGCCACCAUGAGCUUCACGUGGGCCUUCCAAAGAACAGCAUAUCAUGAGCCGGGAAGAAAAUACACCAAUGAUGUUGCCAAGCUGUACUCUAUCAAUGUGACCAACGUCAUCGAAGGCGUAGCGUCAUACUGCCGGGUGUGUGCUCUGGAAUCCUCGGGCUCAUCCUGUACUUCCUGCCCACGUGGCCACUACAUCGACAGAAGCUCUGGGGGCUGCUACCCGUGUGCAGCAAACACGUAUCUGAAAGCUCACCAGCCCUACGGCAGCCAGGCCUGCAUCCCUUGUGGCCCCGGCACAAAAAACAACCCGAUCCAUUCUCUUUGUUACAGUGACUGUCACCUCUCAGUCAUCGCAGACGGCAGGACUCUGGAGUAUGACUUCUCAGCACUGUCUAAUAGCACAUCCUUUUUGGUGGGGCCCAGUUUUACCACCAAAGGGCUAAAGUAUUUUCACCACUUCAACAUCAGCCUCUGUGGGAAUCAUGGAAGGAAGAUGGCAACCUGCACAGAUAACGUCACAGACAUGCACAUCCUGGGCAAAGAGACAGAGUUCUCCAAAUCAACUUCCUCCUAUGUAUGCCAGUCCAUCAUUGUCCCCUCUGAUGUGAUGGCUUACAAAUCAGUGGUGUCUUCACAACCCGUGAGCCUGGCAGACCGCUUUGUAGGAGUAACAAGGGAGACCACUCUGGACAACAUCACUUCUUUUCCUGACUAUUUCCCUGCAGAGAAUGUGGGCUUACCGGAUAUGAUAUUUUUUUACAGAUCCAGUGAUGUGACUCAGACUUGUAGUGCUGGGAGAGCUACUGCAAUUAGAGUGAGAUGUGAUCCUCUAAAACCCCACUCUGGAGUGCUCUCUGUGCCGAGCAAGUGCCCUGAAGGAACCUGUGACGGAUGCACUUUCCAUUUCCUGUGGGAGACUGUUGAAGCCUGCCCCCUCUGUUCUGCAGAUGACUACCAUGCUAUCAUCAGCGCCUGUGUUGGAGGGAUUCAGAGAACCACGUAUGUAUGGAGGGAGCCCAAGCUGUGUUCAGGAGGCAUUUCGCUCCCAGAUCAAAAAGUCAGCAUUUGCAAAGCCAUGGACUUCUGGCUCAAAGUGGGCAUCUCGGCAGGGACUUGUGCUGCUAUCCUGCUGACUGCAAUGACUUGCUACUUCUGGAAGAAAAACCAGAAGUUGGAGUAUAAAUAUUCCAAGCUGGUGAUGAAUUCCAGUGCCAAGGACAGCGAGCUGCCAGCUGCAGACAGUUGUGCCAUUAUGGAGGGGGAAGACGCAGAGGAUGACCUGAUAUUCACAAGCAAGAAUUCUCUCUUUGGCAAAAUAAGGGCUUUCACCACAAAGGCUUCUCUUAGGUACAGUCAGGCAUGGCAGGAGUCUGUGUGUAGGGCUGUUCUCAAUAAGCUAAGAGGAGGAGUCUUCCAGAGAACAUCUGAUGGCUUUGACUCGGUCCCACUGAAGACCUCCUCUGGCACCACUGACAUGGAUCUUUAGGAAUGGAUUGCCCACCUCCCUUGCCUUUCCUGCAGGAUGCUUUGGGAGUUCUCCUUGGUUAAUCCCUGCACUUUGAUGAACUUGCCAUGUGGCCUUAUUGGAUACACUUUUAACUUCAGCCUCUUACUGUACUUUUUUAAAAACUGAAAAUUUUAACAUUCCCUCCCGAAACAAAACCAUGCCAAAUACAACUGUGCUUUUAAAAUUA